AAAAGAGAAUGGAUGCCUAGCCUUGGUUGGUGUUGUUCUUGAUUUAGCAGUUAGCCAGUGACAUUGCAGAUAAGUACAGUAGAAGGUUGUGAGACAAGGAGGAGGGAUUCCAUCUCUGCAAUUGAUCAAUUAGGAUUGGAAGCCUAAUAGAGCAAUUUUCUCUUGGGAAAAAUAUACAUAAUAUUUUGUAUACUGUUUUGAUAGAGUCAUCUAUAAAAAAACACUGACAAAUUUUCUGCCUGGAUUUGAUGUUCUUGAUAGUUACCGGUAUUCAUUCCUGGAUAUGUUAAAUUUGUUCAGCUGGUUAACGAUUUUUACUCAUUACUGAUAAUUUCACUUCAGUGCUGUUUCCCUGGUUAGGUACAAGACAGUAGAACAAGGACAAUUGUAUGCAUUGUUUCUCAAGUUGAAAAACUUUUCAGCAGACUGAAUACAUCUGUUUAUUAUUUUGAAGGACAACGUUUUUAGAUGCUGAACACUAGGAAACCACACAGUUAAUAGUUUCAACAGUCAAGUACUACCAACAAGCGAUUGAGCCUUCAAAUGCUAAUUGUUUUGACUUUAGCUGGUAGAAAUAUAGGUUUAUAUUGUUUUUCCCACUGAUUGCUUUUGUAAGUACAUAAAAAGGGAGUGUAUGAUACAGGAUGCUCAACUGAUAACCUUACUGGCUUUCUAACAAAAUCCUGUAGAGCAGACAACAGAACUAAUUUUUGGAAAACAUAUAGGGUACACUUUAAAUGUAACUGUGUAAACCCUCUCAUAUUAAACUAUCGUAAUUUGUAUGCCUGCAAUUUUUGGAACAUUAUGAAAGAUGAGCCAAAAAUCAAAACAGCAAGGAUGAGAUCCCAUCGUGAUUCUUCAGAUGACGAUAGCUCAGAGACAGAUAGUCUACUUGGCGAUUGUAUGUGCGAUGAUUGUCUGCUUGAGGAGAAAACUCCGUUAAUGCAAUGGAAGAAAAUCCGGACACUGGUACAUUGGUCUCCAUUCGUGCAGUCUUAUAAGCGACGGUAUCCAUGGGUUCAGUUAGCAGGCCAUCAAGGUAACUUUGAAUGCGCUGAGGAUGGCGACAUUCUAAAGAAACACUGCCCUCGUGAGCAGGAGGCGUUGCAGGCAUUGAUGAACGAUGUUCUACGACCAUACAUUCCAAAAUACAAGGGAGAAGCUGAAAAAAAUGGAGAAAAAUACAUACAAAUGCAGGAUUUGUUAUUAGAUUUUGAGAACCCAUGCGUAAUGGAUUGUAAACUUGGAACACGUACAUAUAUAGAAGAAGAAUUGAAAAAAGCACGGGAAAAACCUAAACUCAGGAAGGAUAUGUAUCAAAAGAUGAUAGAGAUUGACCCUGAUGAACCAACAGAAGAGGAAAGGGCGCAAGAAGCAAUCAUCAAACCACGUUACAUGCAGUGGCGCGAGAACGUUAGCUCAUCAGCCAGCCUGGGAUUCAGAAUCGAGGGUAUUAAGAAAGCAGAUGGAACAUCAAGUCGUAAUUUCAAAACGACGAAAGACAGGCAAGAAAUUCAAGAGCAUUUCACAUCAUUUGCCGAUGCCGAUCGUAAGACCGCAGAGAAAUAUGUGUCAACGCUUAAAGCAAUAAGAGCAACGCUGGAAAGCUCCACAUUCUUUGCUCUGCACGAGGUAAUAGGAAGCUCAUUGCUUUUUAUUCAUGACAAAAGCGGCAAGACCGGGAUAUGGAUAAUUGACUUCGGCAAGACCAUUCCAUUACCCGACUCAUUGACAAACGAUCAUAGAACACCGUGGGUUGAGGGAAAUCACGAGGACGGAUAUUUAUUCGGUGUUGAUAAUCUCAUAAACAUCUGGACCAGCGUCUGUGAAUCAUUGCCCUCAAACGAUUCAUCGUCCUCGUCAUCUGUAUGAUGUGCUGCAUGUUUCAAAUCAUCCCUGUUCUUAAACACUGUGAGAUAUGUUUAGUUUUAAACUUGAAGCGUAGAGGAAAAUAUUUCUGGUACACAUGAAAGUAGGAAGGGACCGUUCACAGUUAUAAACUUUUUUAAAGAUUGCUCUUUUUUGUGAUCCCGUUUUAUAAAAAAUGUUGAUAUAGGAACACCGUAUGUGUCGAUUAGUUAUGAAGAGAUUUUAAUUAAUUGGAAGCAUGUUAUUCAACCUCUAUUAUCCUACAUACCUGUACUUGAAAAAAAUUUUUUAGUUGUGAAUGACCCCUUUAUAUAGUGUUGCAAUAUAAGGGGUUUUUUUAUCGAACAUAUGUAUAUAUACAAAGAUACAUAUAUACAAAGUUAUAUACAAGUCAACAUUUUUAAAUAGAGCUCUGUCCAAACUAUUUAGUCAUGAUGUGCCUAUAUAAAAAUUGAUAUCAUAUUCAGCGCCUUGAGACGAUUUUAUUGUUGAAGGCGUUCUACAAACAUUAUACCAUUACCAUAUAAAUAAUAUCAGAUGUGAUGAUAUUAGACGUGAUGAUAUCAGAUGUGAUGUCAUCAUGACCAUAUUUAGGUCUGGACAGAGCUUUACACAGUGGUGAUUACCAAUUGAUUGACAGUGUUAUAAGCUGAUGUUGAAGACUCGAUGUCAAACAACUUGACGUCAUGUUUAUUUAAUCCGAAUCCAUCAAAGAAGUAUUAGCUCGUUUAAUCUAAUCCUCAAUUGACAUCAAUACCCUUUAAAUAUCAUAUGCCCAAAAUUAAUCGAAGAUAAUUAUCUGAGAGUUAAGAUGUUAUAACCAAAAAUGGGUUGUUUAUAAGAACAGAUUCUAUUUUUAAUGGGUUUUUUUUUCAUUCCUAUUAAAAAUAGAUUACAACAUUUUGAAAAAAAAAUAUGAUGGGAAAUUGGUAGUCUGAUAGAGAAAGAACCUUUUGCCAAAUCGCUAAUUAUUUAGAUAAUGGCACUUUACAUGAACGUAUAAUUAUUGUAACUAUUAUUAUUUAUCAUCCUGUAAAAAAAUACAUCUUUAAUAUAAUUUCUUUUUCAUUAACUUUUGUAGCCUUGAUUACAUUCAUGAUUAGAUUUAAUUAUUACCAUGUAUAUAUUAUACCUAAUAGGUUUUACACUAUAACAUUCCUGGUUGUUAUUGUUUGUUAUAAUUAUUAUGUAAUAUUGUUGAAUGAAACGAAGGUUAAACAUUUGUUCUAACAUGGGAUUAUCUUUUACCAUAACAUUUUAAACUAAUAACUAUGACCCUUCGCUGCAUACUUAUUGUAAUAUGGCUAAAGAUUCACAGCACACAAUCUUAUAAAACAGUGGAGCGUAAAUAUAUAUAUAUAUACACUUCACUCUCAAAUAUAUAUAUAUAUAUAUAUACACUUCACUCUCCAAUUCGAGACCACUAUAAUUUAAGACAACUCCUCCAAAUUACCAAGUAACAUACUUCAAUCUUUUAGCACAAAGCUAAACCCCUAAUUUGAGACCGAACGACGAGACCACCUUUAAUUUUGAGGUCUGAAAGGUUGUCUAAAAUUGCAGUGUGAACUCUAUAUCAAUUAAAUCUUGUUUUAAGAAUAAAAGUUCAACCUUUGUUAUAUUUUUGAACACAAGUAAGCUAUUAUUCCAUUAUUUAUUAUACUAUUCUGGAAAAAGACUUGAAACUAAUACUAUUUAAGGUUUUGUACCAUUCUGUUGUCCCAUUAAUUGUAUAUAUUUUUAACAUUGGGGAAUACUCUGCUUGUUGUAUGUUGCAUUUACGACAGUACAAAUGAUCAGAUGCUAACUGUAUCUGAUAAGAACAUUGGUAGCUAUCAUUGGCUGGAUUCUACAAUAUACAAAUAAUGAAUGUUUAUGAGUGCUAUGGGAGGAAUAUUUUCAUGAAACGAAUGGAAUAUUCUUUCCAUUGCACGAAUAAAACACAUUCAUUAAUUGUUUUAUAACAUACCUAGAAUUGAUAUUUGUCAUUUAAUAAUUUAUGAAAAAAAAUAGUGUGAGGUAAAUCCGUCUUUCGCCUGAAUGGAACAGUUUAUUGUCUUUUAGCCAAUGAAAAGAUUGUAUUAGGUUGAGGAGUGUAAUGGGACAAAACGAAUGGAACAAAAAAAUGCACGGAACUAAAUUUUCAUGAUGAGUGAUUAAAUGGUGUAAAUAACCAGUGUCACGACAUGAUACAAAAUCCGCCAAUCAAAUGACAACGAUCCAAUUAGGUGUGUUAUAAUUGUGGUCUAUAUCCUUUGAAAGCCUAUUUAUUAGAUCUUAAGAGUCUGAGGAGUUCAGCUAAUGGAGAAAACUGUAUUAUGCGCCUUAUAUAUCUAAUGAUUGAUUGGUUAAUAUCUGAGUAAAACCUCAGAUUAAAAAAACUAUUUAUACUCUGCCAAUUCUAAUUAUAUAUGUUCAAAGGCACAUACAGUAUAACAAUUAAUGUACAUCCAAUAAUUAUCCAAUAGAAAAUUGCAAUCCUGCAUGAAAUUUUUGUUUAUUUGGUGCAAAUUACAUUUUAAGUAUUACAGAAUACGGCCUUCUUCGUGUUUUAUCAAGAUCUCAAUUAAUGUUUGUAUAAAAUGGUGUUUUUUCUAAAAUUCUUGUUUACAUGGUUUUAUUUACAAAAUGCAUUUUAUUACAUUUUUAUUUGAAUUGUUUUAACACUACUUUUAUAGUUAUCCCUUAUUACAAUGGUAUUGCAUAUUCGAAAAAUGUAUUUAACCAGAUUGUUUUGGUUAUUUUGGUGCUGAAGUCAGUGUAUCACCAACUGUAAAUGUAAGAACUAAAAUUGUCGCUAGUUGUAAAUUUUUAUUUAUGGUUUCUGAAGUAACUUUUAGAGAAUGUGGUUUUUCAGAUUGUUAUGUAAAUAUAAUAUUGAUUUCAAAGUCCUGUUGUAUUAUAAUAAUUAAAAUUGAAAAUAAUGUUAUAAUUUAAUAAGAACAUGGAUUGAACAAGUCCAUAUUAGCUUUGUCAAAUAGGGAAUAGUGCAGAUAAAAAUACCUCUUCAAAGUAAUUGUUUGGAGUAUUAUGAAGGGAAAAAACACUCAUUUUGUAAGGUCUGGAUACACUCACUAUUGAUUCACCAACAUAAAUUUUAUGCAAAUUAUUUCUACAAAUUGCCAACAUUAUAAAGGCAAUAGAAUUAUGUUAAAUUUUUAGUCUCAUUAUUGGAAGGUGUACUGUCUGCAUUUUGAUGGGCAUUAAAUAAAUUUACCAGAAAUCAAAUGUGACAUGAAAGUUGUUGUUCCAUGUGAUGUGAUGGUCAUGUGAUUAUUAUAGAAUGGGUGUGGAAAGUAUUACAUGAUAGUCAUGUGUGGAAAUCACAUAGUAGUCGUGUGGAAAUUACAUGGUAGUCAUGUGUGGGAAUCACAUGGUAGUUGUGUGUGGCAAUCACAUGAUAGUCCUGUGUGGAAAUCACAUGAUAGUCAUGUGAUGAUCAUGUAAUGUGAAAUAGUCAUGUGGCAGUCAUGUGAAUAUCAUAUGAUGCAAGGUGAUGAUCAUGUGAUGACCAUGUGAUUCUAUGUGAUCUAUCAUGUGAUGAUCAUGUGAAGAUAAUAUGAUAUAACAUGUGAUUCAGCGCAUAUAAAUGAGGCUGCAUCACGGCAAUAUAUACUGUACCUCAGGAUGUUUACUUUUCAUGCACUGCAUUAUAAUUAAUGCACAUUGAUUAAUGCCUAUCUUUUAUAAAUACAGAAUACAUAAUAAAUGAAGUAAGAAGAGUUUUUGGUAGCAACUAAAAUUGAUUUUUUAACUUAAAAUUUCUUAUAAAUUUUGGUAGACAGUACAUCUUUGAAAAUGUUGAUGAAUCAAAGCUUGAAAGUAUCCCAGAAAAUACACGCAAAUGAGUUAUUUAAUCUAAAGUCCUGUUCACACUUGUUGAAUUUCAUUUGACAGAAACAUAUGACAUGCCUAAAUAUGGUCAUGUUAACAUCACAUCAUUACUAUAUUUUGGCAUACAACAUUUUUUCUCAACGAAAAAUUUGAUAAUUUGGAAAAAGCUUUCGUUGCCGUCUCCAUGAGCGCACAGAUAAAUACAGUACAUGUGAAAUAAUCAUGUUUAUCAAAGUCUGUGAACGUGGCUGUAAUUAGAUGAAUCUCAAGUGUUAAUAGCGAGGCUGAAGGCUGAUGUAUUAUAUUGAAAAUAGGUUAGCUAAACAGACAUUAAUUUCUGUGAUAAGUUUUAUUACAUUUUCUUCUUGGUGUUCAUCUCAAUUUAAUCUUCUAGGCAUCAUUCACCAAAACAAUAUGAAGUGAAAUACAAUCUGUUCCAAUUCCUCAUCUAGGAAUAAUAUUUCAGCGUUAUUCUUUGAUAUAAAGUGAUUGUAGCAAAACACAAUCAAUGCCCAUUCCAAGUGUACCAUUUUAAGGUGAAUACACAGUAUUUGAUGAAAAUUAAAAUGAAAAAUUUAAAUUUA